AUGCCCUUUGAAGAGGGUACACAUAAUAGUCAGGGCUAUAACUUAUUGGUUAUUCGAUUGGUAAACAAUUGGAUAUACGACACUUCUUGUUUGUAUUUCAACAUAAAUGGAAAAAUUAUUUGA